AUGAACUCCAAGAUGGAAUUUACGGACAGGGCCAAGAAGGCGUUGGAAGACGCCAUGGCCCUGGCAGAGCAGUACCAACAUCUUCAGCUUCAGCCUGUUCACUUGGCAGUCGCCCUUCUCGAUCCCACACCCGACCCCAGCAAAGACCAGAGCAUUGCCCCGGGCACCACCAGCACACUCUUCCGACAGGUCGUUGAGCGCGCCCACGGUGAUGCCCAGGCCUUCGAUCGCGCUCUGAAGAAGAAGCUCGUUCGUCUGCCUAGCCAGGACCCUCCACCAGAUCAGGUGUCCAUGUCCGCCGGCUGCAGCAAUGUGCUUCGAAAGGCGAAUGAGCUCCAGAAGGUCCAGAAGGACUCAUACAUCGCCGUCGACCACCUCAUUGCCGCUCUGGCAGAGGACCACGCCAUUCAGGAGGCCUUGAAAGAGGCCAACAUCCCGAAGCCGAAGCUCAUCCAAGACGCGAUCCAAGCCAUCCGUGGUAACAAGCGGGUGGACUCGCGCAAUGCCGACACAGAGCAGGAGAACGAGAAUCUGAGCAAGUUCUGCAUCGACAUGACAGCCAUGGCCCGUGAGGGCAAGAUCGACCCUGUCAUUGGUCGUGAGGAAGAGAUUCGCCGUGUCAUUCGAAUCUUGUCACGCCGUACCAAGAACAACCCUGUGCUGAUCGGCGAGCCAGGUGUGGGCAAGACUACCAUUGUUGAAGGUCUGGCCCAGCGCAUCGUCAACGCCGAUGUUCCCGACAACCUAGCUGCUUGCAAGCUGUUGUCUUUGGACGUCGGUGCUUUGGUGGCCGGCAGCAAGUACCGUGGCGAGUUUGAAGAGCGCAUGAAGGGCGUGCUGAAGGAGAUCCAGGAGUCGAAGGAGACCAUCAUCCUCUUCGUUGACGAAAUUCACCUGCUUAUGGGUGCCGGGUCAUCGGGCGAGGGUGGAAUGGACGCUGCCAACCUGCUCAAGCCCAUGCUUGCCAGGGGUCAGCUUCACUGCAUUGGCGCUACCACCCUGGCCGAGUACCGCAAAUACAUUGAGAAGGACGCUGCCUUCGAGCGCCGUUUCCAGCAGGUACUCGUUAAAGAGCCAAGCAUCAGCGAGACCAUUUCCAUCCUCCGUGGUCUCAAGGAGAAGUACGAAGUUCACCACGGUGUCAACAUUGCUGAUGCCGCCAUCGUGGCCGCCGCCAACCUGGCUGCCCGCUACCUGACCUCUCGCCGGCUGCCCGAUUCGGCCGUCGACCUCAUCGACGAGGCCGCCGCUGCAGUUCGUGUCGCCCGCGAGUCGCAACCCGAAAUCAUCGAUUCCCUCGAGCGCCGUCUCCGCCAGCUCAAGAUCGAAAUCCACGCUCUGUCUCGCGAGAAGGACGAGGCAUCCAAGGCGCGUUUGGCGCAGGCGAAGCAGGACGCCCAGAACGUCGAGGAGGAGCUCCGUCCACUUCGCGAGAAGUACGAGCGCGAGCGCCAGCGCGGCAAGGCCAUUCAGGAGGCCAAGAUGAAGCUCGAGGCGCUCCGUGUCAAAGCUGAAGACGCGAGCCGUAUGGGCGACCACAGCCGUGCGGCCGACCUGCAGUACUACGCCAUUCCAGAGCAGGAGGCCAUCAUCAAGCGGCUUGAGGCCGAGAAGGCUGCUGCUGAUGCGGCGCUCAACGCCAAUGGUGCUGACGUCGGCGGUUCUAUGAUCACCGAUGUUGUCGGUCCCGAUCAGAUCAACGAGAUUGUCGCCCGCUGGACGGGCAUUCCUGUCACGCGCCUCAAAACCUCGGAGAAGGAAAAGCUACUACACAUGGAGCAGGCCCUGUCUAAGAUCGUGGUCGGCCAGAAGGAAGCGGUGCAGUCUGUUUCGAACGCCAUUCGCCUGCAGCGCUCUGGCCUUAGCAACCCAAAUCAGCCACCGAGCUUCCUCUUCUGUGGUCCCUCUGGCACCGGCAAGACCCUUUUGACCAAAGCCCUUGCCGAGUUCUUGUUCGACGACCCCAAGUCCAUGAUCCGUUUCGACAUGUCCGAGUACCAGGAGCGGCACUCGCUCAGCCGCAUGAUUGGUGCUCCGCCCGGCUACGUUGGCCAUGACGCUGGUGGCCAGCUGACCGAGGCGCUCCGGCGCCGGCCCUUCUCGAUCUUGCUGUUCGACGAGGUUGAGAAGGCCGCCAAGGAGGUGCUCACGGUGUUGCUGCAGCUGAUGGACGAUGGUCGUAUCACCGACGGCCAGGGCCGCGUCGUCGACGCCAAGAACUGCAUUGUUGUCAUGACCUCAAACCUGGGUGCUGAGUACCUGUCGCGGGCCAACAACGGCAAGGAUGGCAAGAUCGACCCGACGACGCGCGAACUUGUCAUGAACACGCUCCGCAACUACUUCCUUCCCGAGUUCCUCAACCGCAUCUCGUCCGUUGUCAUCUUCAACCGGCUGACGCGCCGCGAGAUCCGCAAGAUUGUCGACUUGCGCAUUGCUGAGAUCCAGAAGCGCUUGACCGACAACGACCGCAAUGUCAUCAUAAAGGUCUCGGAAGAGGCAAAGGACAAGCUUGGCGCCCAGGGCUACUCGCCUGUCUACGGUGCUCGCCCGCUGCAGCGCUUGCUUGAGAAGGAGGUGCUUAACAGGUUGGCUAUUCUCAUCCUGCGCGGGCAGAUCCGUGAGGGAGAGGUUGCGCACGUCGAGCUGGUCGAUGGCAAGGUGCAGGUGCUGCCUAAUCACCCAGAUAGCGAGCCGGAGGAUGUGGAUGUAGAUAUGGACUCGGAUGACGCCGUUGACGAGGUGGCUCCGGAUUCGAUGGACGAGGAUAUUUACAAUGAUUGA